AACUGUCAUCAGUGUCAAAAUUGUUCAGCAGUAAAAAUUAUAAAAAGUUGUUCCCCCAUUUUUAACGUUUCUCGUGGAAAACAGCUGGUUUUAGCAUUACAUUAAUUAACAAAUGUAUCAAUGAAUUAGUAGUUUUAAUAACGUGCUAAAUAAUGUAUGUUAUUCGUGUCUGUCGAUGAUUUAAGGCCGCUGUGAAUAUGUGUUAAUUUUACGCACAAAAUGUACUGUACUGUAGAUAUUUCACUAAUAUUACGAUGAAGGGUGGACUGUGCUUAAUUUAUACGUCGUUGCUGACUAUUUCAGUGUUGUCUAGUUGUGCUUUAUUCAUUUUGGUGGUGUCUGAGGCUCUUCAGGGUGAGGCUGAAGUGAACGCGCAGGUGGACCUGUCUGGUCUGCACAAUGUUAGUAACAAAGUGGGUGGGGUGGACGGGAAUGUGCCUCCAAGUUUGCCAGAAGAAGCCCCAGGGGAGGGAGACGUCAAGCCCGAAGCGAAGCCCCCGCUUGAGGAUCACGAGAUGACGUUUCCUGACACACUGUCCUUGAACUCAGUGACAACUGAUGGAUUACCUGACACCGGACAGCCUCCAAUACUCAUAUCUCUAGCAGAUACUGCCAAAUUGGAAUUGACAAAUCCAGACGAUUUAUUGUUCGUCAACGAUUCAGAACAACAUAACGACACAAAGACAUUUGCUAUCAUAGAUAGUGACGCUUUAGAAGAUGAUAAAACGGCGAAAGAAGAAGAAAAAGAAUCCACUGAACCGCGACUCGUUGUCAAGGCGAAGCCUAUGCACGAAACUAGACAGACCAAUGAUGCAUUUCAAACCACUACACCGCUUGUUGUAGAAGAAACAAUAGAAUCUCAACCAGAAGAACAAAAGGAACAAGAAAAAAUAGAAAACAUUCCAGUUGAACCACAAACUCCACAGGAAGAUAUACCCUCAUUUUCGGAGUGGGCUCAGAAGCAGUUAGCCGAAGCCGAGAAGAAAGACACAGUUCUCAACCACUCCAGUCAACCUAGUCAUAGUAAUACAAAUUUUAGUAGUAAAAACACAAAGUUGCGGUCAAAAAACUACGCUUCGCUGGCUUGUGGCGCGAAGGUAGUCGCCGUCAACCCCGAAGCAGGAUCGGCGAGCUCCAUUCUGUCCCCCAACCGGGACGAGUACAUGCUCAAUACAUGCAACAGCCGUAUUUGGUUCGUGGUGGAGUUGUGCGAAGCUGUUCAAGCUCAAAAGAUAGAAAUCGCCAAUUUCGAGUUAUUCUCAUCGAUUCCCAAAGACAUCGCUGUGUAUUUCAGCGAUCGGUUCCCCACGAGGGAAUGGGCCAGUGUCGGUCAGUUCACAGCCAAAGAAAUGAGAGAUGUACAAAGUUUUGAUUUGUACCCACAUUUAUUUGGAAAAUUUAUUAAAGUAGAAAUGCUAUCGCAUCAUGGUUCAGAACAUUACUGUCCGAUUUCAUUGUUCAAAGUCUACGGUACUUCAGAGUUCGAAGUUUUGGAGAAGGAGAACGCUCAACACUCGGCUCACAUAGAUGAAGAUGAAGAAGACGAGAUCAUAGAUGUGCCAGACGUGCCCGCUGCAGAAACGGAGACCAGUAAAAACCUUUUCGGAUCCGCGAGAGAUGCGGUCAUGUCCAUCAUGAAGAAAGCUGCGCAGGCUUUAGUCAAAACUGAAGUUCCUAAGAACGUAUCCUGUGAACACAACGAUACGUCCACAGACAAAACGUACAAACGGUGUUGCUCUCCCAGCCAUAUAAUCGUAUGUGAUAAUUGCAGUGAGACGCUUUAUAACGAAGUGUACGAAUUGAUUAGUUGUAGUUCGGACAAGUUAGUCAGAUUAGUGCGCCAGGUGUUCCUCAGAGAAACGUUAAAGUGUACAGGUAUUUGCCAACCGUAUGGCUUGGACUUUAAAAGUACAAAGACUAUCGAAUUCAGUGAUGAGCGUGUAGCCUACAUGAAUGCUUUGUUCCCGCAGAAGUAUUUAGCCGCUUUAUGUAAUAUCCUAGCUAUUAAAGAGAAGAAGGUGGUUUUGAACACGAGUUUUGAAACGGAACUAAACGUUACCAGUAACAUAACAGUCGACGAAACGCCGCAAAAAAUUAGCAGUGAAACUAAUACGGAAAAAGAAAUAAGAUUAGUUCCAGACAAAAAUAACGUUUCAACCGAUGACAACGCUAACGAAACACUGCAACCCGAGGUUAAAUUAGGUAGCGAACAAAUUGUUGAAAAUGACAACAUCUCUUUGGAGACAAAGGAAGAAAAACUGGAAGAUCAAAAAGAAGAAGUACCGCUGGUAGUUGAAGAGAAACCAGCUGAAGAACCAUUAGAAACACCUGCACCUGAAGUAGAAAAGCCAUCAGUUGAGCAGACUACCGAGUCUGAAUCCAAAGACACAGUUAAAAUGGAUCCUAAGCAUGUCAAAGUAGAAGUAGUGACUGAGAAGCCUAAAGAAGUGGCUGGGAACGGCAUCGAGGAGUUGAAUGAUCAGCUGAUCAUAGACAACGACAACUUCAUAUCGGAACUGGACCAGAUGGCGGUGGACCCGACGCCGGCGGGCGCGCAGGCGCCGCAGAGCCCGCAGGCCACGGUGCAGAAGGAGUCUGUGUUCCUGCGGCUGUCGAACAGGGUUAAGACACUAGAGAGAAACAUGUCUCUUUCGGGGCAAUACCUCGAAGAGCUCAGCAGGCGAUACAAGAAGCAGGUGGAAGAAAUGCAGAAGACCUUCGAGAAAACAGUUCAGCAGAUGACCGAGGAGCGGCGCAAGAGCAACGAGCGCGAGCAAAAGUACUUAGACCAGAUGACCCACUUGCAAGAACAACUCUCGCAAGUAGCGGGGGCCAUGAAGACGUUAAUGGAGGAACGGGACAGCUGGUUCGGCAACAUGACCUUCUUCAAAUUCCUCAUCUUUCAGCUAAUAAUAGUCGGCGCAGCCUUCUACUACGUCUCCAAAAGACGGCGGCCUGAUACUGUACUUAUACCCAUCACGAAGAAAUCCAAAAAGAAGCAGGAAAAGUUCAGGAGAAAAUCCGUGGAAGGAGUCAGCGGCCAUGAAACCCCAUCGGCCAAGAAACGACGGCCUAGUGAGGAGGCGUUAGUUAUUGCAAGGCAAUCGGCUGAGGAGAUGAGCAAAGAUGAAGAUGAGGGUGAAUGGCAGCUGCCGAAAAAGAAUAACAGACGACGGAAAACGUCCAUCAUACACAGGAACACUGAGGUCGAAUCCAACGCGGGCUGGAGCCGACAAGACAGCAUCGGCAAACUACAAGAAAACCCCAUACCACUAGACGAGGAGGAAUUCUUUGCGCCGGUGUCAGAACCCAAAGAGUUCAACGAGAACACGGAAACCAGUCCGCCUAAGAGGGAGCUCCCCAAAUCUAACGGGUCCUUCUUCAACAAUCUGAAAACUAAGACCAUGAAGACGAGACGGCUGUCGUCUCCCGCUUUCUUGAGGACUUUGAGCAGACAGAGCACUAGGAGCACCCCCAGUCCUGUCGUGAAGAAUCUGGAGCCAAUUUUCAACGGGAAAAUGGGCAAGAAGGCUGCCUCAGAGUCCCCAACCGGUAGUCUCUGGUCGGAAUCAACAGAGAUAUCACAAAACGGACAACAGGACAGUGAGAGUGGCGGCAGUCGGAAAAAGAAAAGCCUUAAAAACAUACUGCGCAAAGUAUUUUGAGGACUUUUAUUAUAUUAAUAAUGUGUGUCUAAUUAAUCGCUUACGCAUCGAGCGACCGGCUAUUGUAAUUUAUUUCCUUGCGAAUAUUAAUGUACUGUUUUAAAUUAUUGUAUAAUAUAUUAAUUAAUUAUUAUAGACCUCAAUAGGUGCCAAUUGUGAUAAAUUAGGAAGCCUAAUGUUAGCAUGUUGUUAAUUUUACGCGGUGUGUUUGCUUUGACGCGGACUGUGAGGCGCGCCGAAGGGCGGGACUAGUCGCAGAGCGUUUGGAAAACAAAGAAACGGCAUUAAAUGCAUUGAUUUUA